CCCGCCGGCCGUCGCUAUAUUCUAUUUCCUCUCUUUGAUGCAUGAAAGAAGAGAGGAAGAAGAGGAGGUCGGUGACAGCAACAAAGAGAGAGCUCAUUGUUAUCCAAUCCCCCGUGUUAUUAUUGUUAACAUGGAAGAACCAAACGCCAACGCCCCCCAUGCAAAUGGGAACAAUGGUCGUAGAACUGGUACUGUGAACUACUCUGAGGAGGAACUAGAGAGCCUCAUGGAGGUGAUAGUGGACGUACUCCCCAUCGACUCGGAACAGUGGAAUACUGUUGUCACCAAGCAUGCUGCAAAGUGGCCCUAUGAAAGGAGCAAGAAAUCCAUUAGGAACAAGUACAGUUCCAUCAAAAGAAAGAAAAGCUCAACCGGWAACCCCAACAUGCCUAGGUACGYGAUGCUUGCAAGGCGAGCCCAYUACUUGAUUGGAAAGAAGGCAAAUAUUGGCACUGGAGAGGAGGACUUUGAUAUGAAGAAAGGCUUUGUCGAGAGUGAGGAUGUGGAGGGUUUGGAGAAGAUCCCAUCCGCUGAAGUGCAGGAAGGAAGAGCCCCCAUUGCUCUUGCUGGUGGUGAUGCAUCAAGCGUCGACACGUCCGUUGUGAGGCCAUCCAGAGUACAGUCGUCUACUAGUGCUAAUACUCCCAGUACUAAGAGGCCAUAUUCAAGAGUUCCGGAUGCAACCGUGUUCAAUGAGUAUUUGAAGAGUCAGCAAGAAAGGGACAAGGAAAAUCGUGUGUUAGCAAUAGAGCAGUCUAAGAUUGCAAAGGAGAACUCCGUGAUUGCAAAGGAAAGCGCUGUGAUUGCAAAGGAGGCAAGCCAAAUUGCAAAAGAGACCAACCAGAUGUGGAAGGAAGCUCUUGGUAUGGCAAUGGCUUGCUUUCAGGAAUGGCAAAACACCCAGAACGCCAACAAGAACGACAACAAGAACGACAACGAUGCUUCUUACCAUCUCGUCGACAGCGCCAAACGCCCUCGAAACAAGGACGCCAAAAAGGACUAACGCCAUUGUCCCCACAAGCAAUAACGAUACUCGCAAACA